UGGAAAGACUAUGUCAUUCCUUGACUACAGAUUAGAAUUUCUUGCGAGCAUUGCUGAUGGACUUAUGUUUUAUGAUGUACUAGAAGUUGACAGGGCUUACGGCUGUUCUGCUCAAUGUACCGAUCUUGGAUGUCAGAAUGCAGGGUUUAUGAAUUGGGAGUGCAGGUGUUAUUGUCCUGACUUGUUAGAGGGUGAUACAUGCGGGUUACCAGUAUCAACCGGAAGCUGUGGUGGAGUGGUAAAUGUAGGUGUUGGAGAGGAAAUAUAUAUCAACUCGCCUAACUAUCCAAACAACUAUGAUACAGGUUUAAAAUGUACCUGGCUUAUACAGGGCGUGGCAAACAAUAUUUUGCGUGGGACAAUAGAAGAUAUGGACAUCAGCAAUAAUGGUCACGUUUGUUUUCAUUGGUUGGAAUUUAGGUACAAUUUAUUAGGACAGACUGGACCGAAGCGAUGUGGUAUAACUAACAACGAAGUUUGGGAUGCAUCACCUGAUGAAUUUAAGAACAAAAUGAUUAUCCAGUUCGACAGUCAUAUCGAUGAACCAACAUCAAAAGGGUUCCGCAUGAUGUUUAAAUCGAUAGGAACAGGUUGUAUUAACUACCCAUGUCGAUUUGGAUCAUGUGACAGUCCUCUGAAUACAGACACCUACACAUGCACAUGCAAUGAAGGAUUUACAGGAACAAAUUGUGAUGUUCUAACAGAUUCUGCAUCAAUAGGAUGUUCGGCAGAGAUUGGAGAAUAUUGUAUGCUGGCCCAGGAUGACAUUAAUGACGAUUUUGACUGGGUUACCAAAACGGGUGAUACAAAAACGGAAUUAAGUGGCCCGGGCAAUGCUGUUGAAGGAUUUAUAUAUUGGUAUACGGAGGCGUCAUCACCACGAAUAGCUGGCGAAAAAGCUGUAAUGUUCACAAACAUAUCUUUGCCGAGUAUAAAGAGAUGUUUGUAUUUUUCGUAUCACAUGUACGGAUCUGAAAUGGGCACUCUUAACAUAUACUUCGAAGAUGAACAAGGAACUAGGACGACAGUAUUUACUAAGACAGGGAAUCAAGGAAACCAAUGGCACACAGAGGGUAUGGUCAGUCAAGCAACAGAUGGACUAAAGGUAAUAUUUGAAGCUGUGCUGGGAUCAGGGAGUAAGUCUGACAUGGCAUUGGAUGAUGUAUGGCUAAGACCAUGGACUGUUUGUGGAUGCAGAGAUGAUGAAAAUCCCUGUGCAUUUGGAACAUGUGAUAGUGCUUUCAAUAGUAUGACAUAUACAUGCUCAUGUGAUCAAGGAUUUACAGGAACCAAUUGUGAUGUACUAACAGAAUAUGGAAUAAUAGGUUGUAAUGGAGAACCUAAUGAGUAUUGUGUGUUAAAGCAGGAGACACAGACUGAUGACUUUGAUUGGAUAUUUACAAACGAAGGAACUCCUACAUCUAGUACCGGUCCCGAGGCGGCCAAGGUUGGAAGAGUUUUUAUGUUUAUUGAGUCAUCAGGUCAACGAGAUGAUGAUAAAGCUAUAAUGGUCACUAAAAUGUCUUUGCCACGGGUAGACAGAUGUCUUCGUUUUUGGUAUCAUAUGUACGGAAGUACUAUGGGUACCUUAAAUGUAUAUACCGAAAAUUCACAGGGAACACGCAUUCAGAUAUUUACAAUGUCUGGUGAUCAAGGAAACCAAUGGAAUGAAUCAGCCAUCUUCAUUCCAGCAAUGGAUAAUUUGAAGGUAAUUUUUGAAGGAAUUCGUGGCAGCAGCUCUAAAUCUGACAUCGCCUUAGACGACAUAAAGUUAAUACCAGGCACAUGUGGUUCAAAUAUAGAUCAAUGUGUGCCAUCAACCUGUUCAAAUGGCGGACAGUGUUCCAAUAACUACAAUGAUAAUACUUUUACAUGUACAUGUACCUCUGGGUGGGUAGGGGAUACAUGCCAACUACAAGAUGUAACAACCGGAACAACCUUUACCUGUGAAUUUACACCAGGCGAAAAUCAAUGUGUAUUUACUAAUACCCAAACUGGAGAUAAUUUUGACUGGACAUUCACAAAUGUAGCAACACCAAGCUCUAGUACAGGCCCUGAUGUAGCAUAUUCUAGAGAAUACUUCGCUUUCACUGAAGCAUCAUCACCUAGGCAACCGAAUGAUGUGGCAUCACUGACCACUUCAACAUUCAAACUACCAGAUGCACCACUUUGUAUGCAAUACCACUAUCAUAUGUAUAGUGAACCUGGUUCCUUGGUUAUAAAAGCAGGUGAAAGAGGAAACACUGAUAAUCAAAUUGAAAUUUGGACUGGAAACCAAGGUGAACAGUGGCAUCAAAGCAUAGUUCAGAUACCACAAUUAUCAGAUGCAGUAAUUUCAAUAAGAGGUAUUAGAGGACCUACCAGUAAAAGUGACAUUGGUCUUGACUUGAUAACUCUUCAGAAGGGACUUUGUUCAUCUCCAUGUGGCAGCUUUCCUUGUCAAAAUGCUGGAUUAUGUACAGGCAACCAGGACGGUAGUUAUCAGUGUAGUUGUAAAACUGGAUUUGCUGGCUCCGAAUGUCAGUUAAUCGAUAAAAGAUCAGAAACGUCAAUUUCAUGCGAUUUUGAGGACAAUGAAGUUGGUUGUAUAUUUGAAAAUGAUUUAAAUUCAGAUAAUUUUGAUUGGAGAAGGCGAAGUGGUAGAACAUCGAGCAGUGGUACAGGGCCAACAAUUGGGGCAGCUUCUGGAUCAAACUAUAUGUAUACAGAGGCAUCUUCACCUCGGGUAGAAGGCGAUUUCGCAGUUCUGGAAACUCACAACUAUAGACUGAAAGAUUCUGCAUACUGUCUUACAUUAUCCAUCAACAUGAGAGGACAACCAGGUCAACUAGUAAUUUCUGCUAAGGAACGUACUGGUAAUUGGCGUGUUGAGGCGUCAUAUUUAGGACACCAGGGAGAUAACUGGUUCAUUGCCAAUAUCGACAUUUCCCAGAUUUCAGAUCCUGUGAUAGCAAUAACAGGAUUCAUAGGCAGUACUUCCAAAGGAGACAUAGCAGUUGACAAUUUGGUACUGACAGAAGGACAAUGUUAAUUCUUUAUAAGAAGAAAACGACGGACAAACGAAAUGACCCUUAAUUACAUUGCCUUUAAUUAUUAUAAUUCUGUUUAUGUGUAAAUUCUUAUGAUUUAAAAUUCAAUUUCAACAAUGUAUGCCCAUUACCUAAUAAUCAGAACAACAAUUUUAGAAAUCUAAUAAAGCUGCUUCAAUUUA